AUGGCCGAGGUUGUGAUUCUCAUGGCAGUGGCAAAGAUCGGUGUAGCUCUGGGGAAUGAAGCAAUGAACCAGGCUACUUUACAGUUCUAUAACUUUAUAACACAGCUAACAGAGCUUCAAGGAAGCAUGGGUCGCAUCAGAAGGGAGCUCAGGUUGAUGCAUGAAUAUCUUUGCCGAAUGGACAUACGGAAUCGCAACAAUCAGACAUAUGAAAUCUGGGUGGAGGAGGUGAGAAUACUUGUUCAUGGGAUUGAGGACAUUGUGGAUGAGUAUUUGCAUCUUGUUGGUCAGAAACAUGACAGUGGAUGGAGUGCCUAUCUGAAGAAAGGAUUCAAACAACCAAAUGUUUUAUUCUCUUUAAACAGGGUAGCUUCUUUGGUUAAGGAAGCGGAGGACAAUCUUGUGCACCUGUUCCAGGCUAAAGAUCGAUGGGUGUCAAUGGUAGAUAGUGGGUAUAUGAAUGACUCAAGUUACAUUGUUGAGAGGUCUCAGCAUCUAGCAAGCACUUCACGUUCCCUUGCUGAAGAAGAUCUCGUGGAGGUUGAUGGAAACAGAAAAAAGCUUGAGCAGUGGUUGGCAGGUGAUGAGUUGGAACGCUCUGUGGUAGUGCUGCAUGGUAUGGGAGGGCUUGGUAAAACAACUUUGGCUGCAAAUGUCUACAGGAAGGAAACAGAAAAUUUUGAUUGCCAUUGUUGGGUCUCUGUCUCUCAAACUUAUUCCAGAGAAGAUGUUUUAAAAAAAUUAAUCAAGGAGCUUUUCAAAGACAAAGCCAUUGUUCCAUCUAAUAUUGAGACCAUGGACAUCAUAAGCCUUGAAGAGGCACUGAAGAAUUUUUUAGAGCAGCGUAAGUAUUUGAUCAUGCUGGAUGAUGUUUGGACUCCUGAAGCAUUUCAUGAUCUUUCUGGGGUGGUUAUUCGUAACAAGAAGGGCAGCAGAGUUGUAAUCACAACCAGGGAAGGCAAUGUUGCUCGACUUGCUUCUCAAGGACAGGUCUUAACACUAAAACCUCUAUCAAAGGAUGGAUCAUGGCAACUCUUCUGUAAGACAGCUUUCCCCAGAGAUACAAAAUGUGAGUGUCCCACAGAACUGACAGAAUUAGCACAUGAAGUGGUUGACAAGUGUAAAGGCAUACCCCUCGCAAUUGUCUCUAUUGGCAAGCUCCUCUUUGUACGUGACAAGACCAAAGAGGAACUGAAGCGAAUACAUGACCAGCUCGACUGGGAGCUAGUUAACAAUCCAAGCUUGGAACAUGUCAGGAAUAUCCUUUAUUUGAGUUACUUGUACCUUCCGACAUACUUGAAAAGUUGCUUUCUGUACUGCAGCUUGUUCCCAGAGGACUAUCUUUUCAAAAGGAAAAAGCUGAUACGAUUGUGGGUAGCAGAGGGCUUCGUCAAGGGAAGGGGUGAAAGCACAAUGGAGGAAGUGGCUGAAGGUUAUCUAGAAGAGUUGGUUCACAGAAAUAUGCUUCAAGUUGAUACAAGAAACCCAUUUGGUAGGAUAAAAUCAUUCAGGAUGCAUGAUAUUGUACGUGAGUUGGCAGUAGAUUUGUGUCGCCGGGAAUGCUUUGGUGUUGUUUAUGAGGAGGAUAAAUAUAUGGAAUCUCUUGAUGAGAUGGAUGCACGUCGACUGGUAAUACACAAAAUGAAGAAGGAUAUUUAUCAGUCAGUAUCAGGUGUACACCGUCUCCGCUCUGUUAUCGCAUUGGACAUCAAUAUUCCAUCCACUUUACUGCCUCUAAUAGCAAUGAAGUCCAGAUAUAUGUCGGUGCUGGAGUUAAGUGGCCUACCCAUUGAGAAAGUUCCAGAUGGUAUUGGAGAUCUUUUCAAUCUCCGCUAUUUGGGUCUGCGUGGUUCAAAAGUGAAGCUCCUUCCCAGGUCUAUUGAGAAACUUUCAAGUUUGUUGACACUGGACCUUUCAGGGUCUGGCAUGAAGGAGCUGCCUAGAGGCAUUGGUAAACUAAAAAAGCUUAGGCAGUUAUUCACUGACAAAGCUAGUGAUCGAUUUAGGAGAGAUUUCCGAUGCGGCAGUGGUGUAUGCAUCCCCAAGGGCCUUGAGAACCUGACAAGUCUGCAGACACUAGUAUCAUUGGAAGCGCAGGAUGAGUCCGUUAGACAGUUGGGGGAGCUGAGGCAGCUGAGAAGCUUGGAGAUAUGGAAUGUGAAAGGAACCUACUGUGGACAUAUAUCUGCUUCUCUAGCCGGGAUGCGACACCUUUCCUACCUACAUGUGAAUGCAAGCGAAGACAAUGAGGUUCUCCGGUUGAGUGGUCUACCCCCAAACCUGCAAAGGAUUAGCUUGACUGGCCGAUUAGCGGAAGGCACAUUGGUAGAGUCUCCUCUGUUCCAAACUGCGGGGCGGAACCUGUAUUCACUGUCUCUAUCUUGGUCCCAGAUGAUACAAGACCCCUUACCAUCCCUUUCUCGAUUGUCAAAUUUGUCAGACCUGAUGCUCACCAGGGCGUACAGAGGAAAGCAGAUGACAUUUCUUGCCGGGUGGUUCCCCAAGCUAAAAACCCUGAGACUGAGAGACCUGCCAAAUCUGGAGGUUCUAGAGAUGAAGGAAGGUGCCGUUGUGAGCCUCGAAAUAUUAACACUAGUCAACCUUGAAGGCAUGGUGGAGGUCCCACCUGGCAUAGAGUUUCUCGCGCAUGUAAAGCAUAUUUCGUUCCGGGAAAUCACCAGCGAGUUUUUGACUUCGCUGCGACAAUGUCCUAGAACUCAAGGGAUGCAGUGGCGGCAUACUCUCAGGUCGAUUUGGUGCUCGGGCUCAUCUGCACCUGAAAUCUGA